CGAGCGGCUGUACCGAGUACAAGUGUGCCGCGUGUGUUGCCUUCGAAGCCUCAUGCCGUGUGUGUCUUUUUCAGUGUUUUCGUGUUGAUGAUUACGAUGUGUCUCUGUGGCUUACCAGCCUCGAUAAUUUAACAAAAUACAGUGAAACUGCAACCUGUGAAUAAAUUAUAUAAUGUACUAUGUGAUAGAAAAGGUAAUUCUUUUAAAAUAUGUACGUAAAUAAACCAAAGAACAUUCACGAAUUAUAGUUUAAUUAUAUGUACUGUAAUUUUCGAGUGUAGCCACCCACAAGAAAAGGAUAAGAUUAAAGUGAUGGAUCCUGUGUUGAUAGAACGUUCAUUGACGAAUAUCAGCAUGUUUGUUUCAAAGCCACAACAGUUUGGUCCCUGUUUUUCCUUCCAUCGUUUGGAAGUUUCUCUUUGGUGGUAGAUCUUGAAAACUUGGUGAAUAGACAAUCGAAAGACACCGAAUAGAGCCGUCAUUGUCACCACGCUUCCUGUGUCCACUUGUGUUUUGGGACUUGUGUUUAAAGAUCACCACGGCGGCCUUGGUAGGGGAAGAGUUGGGUGUGAUUGGAAGGCAGUGGUUAAAGGACCUCGGGAGAACGGCUCCUGUCAUAGGCUGUUGGUCGGGCAGCCCCUGUGGAAGGCUGGCCCCACAGCCCCCCCAGGUAACAGCUGCCCCAUGUAGCAGUACGACGGGCGGGGAUGGCCGCACCCUUCAAAACAUGUGUCGGGACGACAUCUUCCAUCAAUACCCACACCCUGCACUGUUGAUGAUGGGAAGUGACCAGUAUUGCCUCAAGUGGAACAAUCACUGGACCAACCUGAUCCGUGUCUUCAACUCCCUUCUGCAGUCUGAAACCUUUGUAGAUGUAACGUUGGCAUGUGAGGGGCGCCACUUGAAGGCCCACCGUUUGGUGUUGUCUGCCUGUUCCCCUUACUUUAAGGAGUUGCUGGUGGCUCAUCCUGAUAAACAUCCCAUAGUCAUAUUAAAAGAUGUACGCUACUCAGAGCUCCGAACUCUCAUUGAGUUUAUAUAUAAUGGAGAGGUGUCAGUGGAACAACAUGAUCUGGCUGCACUUUUGUGCACUGCGAGAGAGCUUCAGAUAAAGGGUCUUGCAGAUAACAGAUUGCCUGGAGAUCCCUCUCCUUUACAGCCACCACUUCCACCACCACCACCACCACCACCUCCUUUUACCAGGGAUAGUGAUGAAUCCUCAAGUCAUUUUACUACUACCACCACUACAACUUCUCCAUCCACUAACACCACAAAUUCUGCUACUCCACCAGCUCAAUCCAAUACCAAGAGUAGCAGCAAAAGUCCAAAGGGACCUGUGGGGUCAGAGGAUAGACCUCCACCUCCUCUGCUAACAGCUUUACAUCCAGAUUUACCUGUAUCUGCUUCCUCUCUACUCCCAGCGUUCCGCUCAAGACCAACAUCACGUGAUUCUUCCCCGGUCCAUAAAAGACGAAGGCUGUCUACAGGUGGUAGCGAUGAGGGAUCUGAAACAUGUGAAACAAAUAAUGAUUCAGCACGACCAGACACACCAAAUGGCCACGUAUCAUCCCAAGAACAAAAUACCACUGAGCUCAUCACAGCAGUAGCAGGACCAUCUGGUCUAAGUCAAGCUGAAACUUGUAGUAGAGAGGAUGCCGACCGGCCAGUACCGUCCAUAACUAAAAUAUCCGGAGGCCAAACCACUAUAACCCCUACUGAGCCCAGAUCUUCUACUCAUUCGGAGGAAGAUAGUAAUGAUGAUCGAGGACCCAUGACAAUCCAGUCACCUGAAGUGAUCAUAGAGGAAGGGGAAGUGGGUGUUGAAACUACUGGACCCCCAUCAUCUGUACCUUCACCAACAUUAACAGCAAGUGGCUUAAGUGGUGCCAGUCUUACUCCUGCAGGUCUUGCAGGCCCUCUAACCACUGGUGGACCUCUUCCUCCACAAGUAGCAUUCCUGCAGCAAGCUUUGACCCUGGGUUAUCAUCCUUUACAGCAUUACUUUCCUCCAGGAAUUCUAGAUCAACAACAACACACUGGAGUGUCACCACCCAAAGAUUUAAUGCACUUCCUUGAUGUUAUUAAAGCGAUACCACCAGGGGCUAGGUUGCCCAUCGGUUUAAGUGGUCCAUCUGGGGUUGCAGGAUCAUCAGGUCUUGGGCUAGGAUUGCCGGGUGUGGGGGCAGCAGCAGCAGCAGCGGCAGCAGCAGCAGUUGCGUCGGUUGCUACGUCAACAGCUGGUAGGGAGAAAAAUGUAGGAGGGAGUAUCACAUGUCACAUAUGUGCGAUGAUUCUUCCUUCCCCCCAUCACUUAGAGGAACACAUAAGAAUCCAUGAGGAGGAAAAGCCGUACAAGUGUGAUCAGUGUGGCCAGCGUUAUAAAUACCAGUCUGCUUUUCAACGUCAUCAGGAGCAGAACCACACUGCUAAGUUACCUGGUGAGAAGCCAUUCCGUUGUGAUGUAUGUGGUCAGUGUUUCAAGUAUCACAAGAGUUUUGCUAAACAUAGAACCAACCAUGAUGCUUUAGAUCGAAUCAUGAAAUCAGAGACUGAAGAGGGACGUCAAGUUCUGAAAAGUCUCCAAGAAUCCUACCUCCAUAGACUUCUUAUAAAUGAAUCCUCAAAGAGUGAAUCUGAAGCAUCAAUAACUUUAAAAGAAGAGUGCUUAGACCCACCCCCAGAGGAGGAUGCCGAUCGGCCGUCCACAUCCCAGCCCCCACCCACCACAUUUGGUGCUGCCCUUCUUCAAGCAGUUAACCGUGAAAAUGGCGUUAGAAAAUAUGAGGAGGGUGAAACUGAAGAUGGUGAAAUAGAUGGAGAAGAGGAGGAAGGUGAAGUAGAAGAAGAAGAAAAUAAAGGAAAAUUUGUUUAUUGUGUUAAGUGCAAGUUGACAUUCCGUGACGUGGCCAGUUUUGAAGGCCAUUGCCAGGGGUCAGCAGACUGUUCACUUGAUACUUUGCGUGAGGUACGUGUUAAUGAUGGGCCAGGUCUUUCAUGUCCACCAAGUAUAGCUUCUUCACCACAAGCUUCCCCUAGACAGUCACCAGGUUUUGCUUUUGCAGGACCUCCUCGCUCUCCCCUUCCAGCAUCGACCCCAUUGGCUUUACCCUCACCUCCUGCUACCACAACUCCUACUGGUGGCCUUCCUCCGUCCUCAUCUAUUGCAUUCAGCACAGCCACCGCCAAUAUUACCACUAUUACACCCGGGACCAGUACUCCCCCUGGCCCAAAUAACUUAUUCAAAUUUGAUUCAAGGGGAGCCCUCAUACUUCCGCAGCCACCUCUUCCUCCUGCUACAGAUGCACGGGUGGAUGAGGAACGCCCAUUCAAAUGCCAGUUCUGUCAGAAGGGUUUCAAAGGGCGUGAAAACUUGAAACUUCACAUUCGCACCCACACAGGAGAAAAGCCAUACAACUGUGGAGUGUGUGGAAAGGCUUUUGGAGGUCGCUCGGAUAUGAAUCGUCAUUUGCGUAUUCACACUGGGGAGAAACCUUACCCAUGCAAAGUGUGUGGAAAGAAGUUUGCCCGAGCUGAUUACCUCUCCAAGCACAUCACCACCCACCUUGGGAUCCCAUUCGCCAAGCCAGUGCAUAGUUUGCAGCAAAGUCUUCAAAAUUUAGAAAAUAUGCAAAACUUACAAAAUCUACAUAAGUUACAAAAUAGCAUGUCUACGAAUGAAUAAUACCAAAAUUUUCCCCAAAUAUUUAAAAAUAUAAAUUUUAUAUAUAUAUUUACAUUCUUAUAAUAAAUUAGUUAAUAUUGUAAGCACUUAAAGUGCCGCAUCUGCUUGUAAAGCAGUAAAAUCAAAGGUUUUGAACCAGUGACAGUAACUGUGUUACAUACCUAGUUUUUUUUCAAAUUUAGUAGGUAUUGAUAUUGUUGUCGUAUUUCUUAUUCUCUAAAGAGAUUAAAAUAAGUAGUUGCCAAGUUGCAGCAAGGGUGAGCAAGAUGCAGGGCACACAUUUGCAGCGUUGAGUAUCCUUGUGAUCUAGUCACUGCUUCACACCAUGUAUGAUGUGCUCACCAACAAUCGUUUUUCCAGCCCACUUAUACCAGAUAUCUUUGUUAUUAUUGAGAAUAUUAUCAUUAAUAUUAUCUUUUUAUUAGUGUUAUAGUGGAGUUAUUGUGCUCCCUUCUCCCAAUACAGUUUAUAUAUACAAUAUAUAUAUUUUUUCUUUUCUGGUUGCUCAGUAAUAAAUACUGGGCUUAUGAGGCUGAGAUCAUAGUACAAGGUAGGUUAGUGUGGGCAUGGGUUGUAUCCAGUGCCCUGCAGUAUUGCUCCCCCUUGUUCCCUCAUACCAACUACACCACCUACAUCACCCGGCCGCUUCCCAGUGCGACAUGACUGCCAAAAUCACCUCAUGCCUACCUGCAGUCCCCCAUUUUCUUUUUUAUAUUUUUCUCCUCUGAUUCACAAUUGGUUUUGUGAUGUAAAGCACUGGCAGGGAUUGACUUGAUGUGAAAGUGCAGGUAAAACUGAUGAUGAUGACAUGAGGUUGCCCUGCUAUGGUCAGUGUUAGGCAAUAGCUGUUCACAUAAGCCGCAAGUGUAUAACUAUGUACUGGACUAUUUUGCUGUGGAGGUCUCGGUCCUUCUAUACUGUCAUUGUGGUCUGGUGUUGCGGAGGUUGCCCGACCCAUUCCACCCACCUCAGGAGUACGCUGUGGUGCUAGUAUCCACAUCCUGUGGGCACCUACCUGAUUACAUACCCCUACAAUACCCUCCUCCAUACAGACUGGAAAUUACAAAUGUUACCAUAAUGGAGAAGGUAAUAUCCCAAUUGUAUGGAGGGGUUUGCUAGAUGAGUAAUCAUCAUCAGUUAGGGCAAUUGUGAGUGUGUAGGUGGGUAGUGGGUCGGGCUGGUGUUAGUUAUAACAGUCUGGCUCAUGACAUGCUGGCUGGACUCUAAACUGCUUGCUCGUAAUGUUGUCUUAUACAUUAAUAACAUUGAGCAUUUGUGCACUGAAUGGAAAGUUGUUGACUAAGUCAAUAUCAAAGUGAAAGCUGAGCUUCUUAAUGGCGUAAGUGACUGUUGAUUUUUUGUACCAUACCACAGAUGUGUCCCUAGUGUUACUGAUAGAAAUUAGGAAUAUUGUAGGUGAGCCUAGCUCAUUAAACUAGCUUUUAUAGUCCUCCACUCGUUGUUUCGUGUGUGCAUCACCAGUGACCGUAGAGGAGGCACGCGAGUCACAGCUCACACACCUAGGUUUUCCCUUCUUUUCCUCCUUCAAAUCACUUUUCUUAGUUCGACACUAUCCUUUCUUGUCUUUCAGUUAUAAAACUAUGUCAUGUUUGACAGGGCUACAUUUUCAGCCAAACUUUGCAUUCGCACAACCUGGAUGAAAUUAUAUUGAGUAUUCAUUUGAAGAUACUGUAUACUACAGUACUUUCCUUGAAGGAUAAGCAUACUGUACAACUUAUAAGUAAAGCUACAUACACUAGAGAUUGUAGAAUUGUAGUGCGUAUGUAAAGCAGUUAGAAGUAAAGUUGAACGAACCAAUGUCUGGCUGAGAUUGUGGUUGAUGAGCCUUGGCUCUUGAAAGAGUGCAAGUUUUAGUGAUGUAAGGUCAGCCAAGCUGCGACUAAGGACAGCAUGUUAGGAGGAGCUACACCACAUGCACACCUUGUUGGUCUGUGAUAUUGUGAAAAGCUUGUUGGGUUGCAUAAGCAGUACACCCAUGUCUCUUGUCCAGAAGGAAGUUUGUAUUAGGCUGAGAAUUCUAUAGAAUUCCUUUGUUAAUGAUGAUUAAUGUCUCCUGUUACCAAAAUGAGUCAUGUGAUGACAGAAAGUUGAUUGUUCUUUGUAGCAUUUGAAAUGCAAAAUCACUUUUCCUAGUUACUGAAAGGUAGUUUUUUAUUAUUGUUUGUUUAAUGAAGUGAGAAUGGUAUUUCCAAUAAUAUAGAAUGUGGCACCACAAAUCUUCAGGCAUCACUGCAUCACGAAGAGAGGUGGUAAUGUUUUCUCAUUAUUUUAUUCUUUUAGUCAUUAUUAGGAAAGUACAAUACUGUAUAACAAGAUGAUAUCGGUUGCAGAUCUCAACUAAUUUUUCCCUAUAGUGGUAAGCUGGUGAUAAGUAAAAGUGCCUUGCGACUUGUGAUAAAUUGUGGACGGAUGGGCUCCCGUGCCCUCUCACUUGAAAAUAAUUGCCAAGUUCCUGAAUACAUGGGGAUCAAUUACUGUAACUAUUUUAUUUUUCUGGCUUACUUUUCUAUGAAAAAUCAACCAUUUUCUUUUUUCUUGGGAUACUUCUUUGCUUUUUAAAUCGAUAGAACCUUGAUUUUCCAUAACCUGUUAGACACUUGGUGCUUGAUGUAUUGGUUGUGCCACAUUCUUGAAGGCAAUAUAGAACUGGUGACAUGAAAAGGUACUUUGUCACACGUGUAGGUAUAAUGUUUCCUAAAAAAGCAGAAUCCUUCAUGUUGUGAGGGUUAGAUUAUACUGUAUACAGUAUGUGAAUCAUUCUUUCUACUAGGGUUUUUUCUUGAGAGAAGAGACUCACAAACUCUCGGUCGUUCCAUGACAGGUAAAGUGAAUGAGGCCAUGAGGCAUCAGUCAGGUUAGCCACAGCCACAGCAGAGUGUAAUAUAACAGUUUAGCAACAUUGAUGUCUAGUGGUGUAACUACAAUGGCAACUUUCUUGAAACUAAUUUUGAGAUUCAGUUAAAUCUUAAAAAUUUCUUGAAUUUGGUCGUAAUGAGUAUUACAAAUAUGUUUGUGCAGUCAGACCACUGCUUACAGCAUUAGUGGUUUGGUGAAGCUUUCAUGUUCUGAUACAGACAUAGGCCUAUUGGCAUAGCCAAGAAAGAGUAGAAUGCUAAAGGAAGUUGUGUAAAGUGUAACUUUACCCAUACAGCCAAGGAUAAGCCACAGCAAACCCUCCACACUGUAACAUAAGGCUGAUGUGGCCGUCCCGGAAGCUGUCUUCAAUCCAGGCAAUUGGGACAUCAGUAGGACCAGCAUUAGUCUCUAAUAUUACUUUUUGUCUGAAUAUGAUGAUGAUGAUGAUGGCCCAAGAUAUUGCAGUACUUGUUGUUCAUUUUUAACUUUGAUUACUCUGUUACCCUCCCUUCACCCUUCCCCCAUCCCAGCGGACAAAGGAGGACUUUUAUAGAUGUCAUGUUAACGGUGUCUUUGACAGCUCUUACAGUAGUCCAAUCUGUGUGUGUGUAAUGAUGUCCCUCAGCACACUGGCCAAGUUCCUAUUGAUGUCUUAGUUUUUCCUGUUACGGUGUACAAAUCAAUUGGUGCAGAUGCCUCCACAGCAUCUGCAUUUCUUACAAGCUCAAGAGCACACACAGCCACAUUCAUCUCCUUUUUUCUCAUGUGCAAAUGAACCAUACUUAGGACUGCAGUUUGCAAACAAUAGGUUCACAGUGACUUGUGUGUUAAUGUCACGUCUGUCUAUACGCUGCCCUCGUCAUACAUAGAUUCCCUUUUGACAGCUUCUCGGGAUGCCCCCAUGAGGUGCAACAAACUCCACUUAAUAUGAGGACGCAACAGUGCCUCCACCAUGUGUUCAAAACCAGUGUAGUUAUUGCCACUCCUUCAACAUACUCCCCAUGCAGGAAGACAUUUUUUUAAUUUUCUUUUACUGGAAAGGCUAUUUAACUAUACGUAGUCUCAAACUUGAUCACAGCUAUAUCUGGCAUUGCAUUUUCCAAAAUUUAUCACUUACAUUCUGAGGUUUUGUCUAAAGCAAAAUUUAACAAUGAAAAAAAUAUUCUUGUUAUAUUAAAGAUCUGCCAAUUUUAUUGUGAGAAACAGCCUGCACAGGGGAAGAUUGUUUAAGGAAUUGCAAUUGCGUGCAAACUUGUACAAUAGUUAGUUGACAGCCAAGGAGGUGACUCAAGGAUCCCACUAUCAUCUCAUAUUAAGUUAGACUUUUAUUUUUUAUUCAAUCUGAUAUAAUAUGGACUACAGUAUAUAUUGUAUUAUAUACAGAAAUUUAUAAUAAUUACAUACGUAUUUGUGUAUGUGAGUGUGUAUGUAGUAUGUAUAUGAAUUGUAUAUUUAUGAAAAAUUAAUUGUGUACUUUCUAUACGUACAGUAUACAAAGAUGUAUGUAUGUUUUAUGUGAAAUGGUACCAUUACAUCCAUGAAACUGAGUUGUAAUGCCGAAUUCAGAUGAAUGUUACAGAUGAAACUUAAAUGUUCAAAUUUACAUGAGUAACAAUGUUAAAGAAUUUAUAGUAAUUCAUUGGAUUUCAGACUUCUGUAAUGCAUAUUUUUCUAUAUGUAUAUAUAUAUAUACACUAUAGUAUAUGUAUACAUACACAAACACAUGCACACACAUCCCGCCAGCCAAGAUUAAAACUGCCGUCAAUCAGCUGAUGGUGUCACUGUAUUGAGUCACAUCCACCUGCACCCGCCCCCAUAGGUCUAGAUCCGUGUCUAGUAUUUAUGAUGCCCGUGUCUGUGUUAAUCACCUGGUCCUGUGUUUCCACAGUAAACCAGUGUGUGUACAACGUGUCAGUUUUGUUUUUUCUUAUUUCCUCGUGUUGCUUCAGUGACCUAUUCAGGAUUUUUUUUUACAUUAUUGAUUCAGUAAGCACCAGUUCAGAUUCUGAUUCUCAAACUGUAGCAACCCAUUUUUUAGUGUACUUGUAGACUGAUCAAAAAUUUUUAAAGUUUUAAGUGUCUGGUAGGACAGCGACCAUGUUAGUAUUAAGGUUCUAAACACUGUAAUACUGUACUGUAUUUGAAAAUUAUGGGAAACGAUGUGUAUCUCCUUUGUAAUUAUCUGUAUGACUCAUGAAAACUGUAGAUAAUGCAUAGAUUACAUAAAUUAUAUAUUCAUUGUACUGUAUGAUAGAUGACCACAUUAAUCACUAUUUUGGAAGCAAGUGCUACUGAGGGCUUCAUUGUGUUCUUAAAGUUGUAGAGAUUGCUCGUGUUAAAUUUACUAGGGUAAAAGUUUUUAAUUUAUAUGAAAUGGAUUGCAAAUGUGCCAAAAGGCAUUUAUUAUAGGCACUUGCAUUUACACUUAAUUUGUAAUAAAUGGUCUUUUGUGUAUUUGUCUUUUUUACAAUAAUGAUUAAUUUAUGAGUGAAAUAAUGGUGAUCAGUCAUAAUUUUUUUUUUUUUAUCUAAAGUUAGUAUGGUUGCUACAACUCAAAUGCUGCUCACGAGCCGUGUCAGGUGCGGACAAAGGCUGUGUUCAUGAUUGUGACGUAUUAAGCACUUUUGGGCAUUUCCUGGGUAUUUUGUGAAGGUUACUUUUCCUGUUAGAUUUAUAUAGAAAUAACCUUGCAGUUAAAGUGCCCAAGGUUCAUAAUUGUUAAUAUUGUCACAUUUUAAUGGAGUGUUUAUCUAGACUGGAACCAGACGUGAAUUCUGCCAGUAACAUAAAUGGCAUUAUUGUGUAUUGCUUUUAAGAUGAACUCAAAAUGUAACAAUUGUAACACUCUAUUGUAUGUGAACACAGAUUAAAUCUUACCUCACUGUCAAACUCCCAGUAACAGAGGCAAAUUUAUAGCCUGGCUAAUGGACCCACUGCAGUAUAUGUUUCUUUUACAUAAAGUAUUUUUCUCUAAUUUGCGGGCAAAUUUUUCUCAUAACAGUUAUAAAUGAGGAUUGACAGAAAACAAAUGUCCUUUUUGAGAAUCUUAUCCAUUGUCUGUUAUUACUCAUACAUUUUGGGUUAUCGAACUGCAGCUGAUGAAAUGGCUCUUGGGCAAAAGCCUCUGCCAGUAACCUGUGACCUGAUACACCACCACAAAGCUAUAUAUAUAUAUAAUAUAUAUAUAAAGAUAUAUGUAUUGAUCUGAAAAGUCAUUUGAAGGUUGUCGUCUCUUUAAAUACAUUUUCUUCACAUAAUUUACUUCACUUUUAUCCAGUAAUUUGUGAGGGUGUAGGCAGACUCAUUAAAUCCAACCAUCACAGCAAUUCUAAUUGUACUGUUUAUUGUCAGGUCGCCAACAACAAAGUAUGUUCCUACAUGGUACACUUUAGUGUGACUAAAAAGUGCCUCUUCUCCGUACUUUUCAAGUAUUAAUAAAGGCAUCUUGUACACCUAAA